AUGUCACAAGCUUCCUUUACUGGCUUUAUUACAAUACAAGACAUCAAAAAACAAAAAUAUGAUGUAAAUCAUUUAUUAGAUCCAAAUUAUGAUUAAUUUGUGAGAGAUAUAUUACCUAUUAAAAUUUAAAACUUUGAGAUUAAAAGACUUGAAUGGGAUGAUUUUUCUGGUGAACCAAAAAAAGAAUCUCCUUGGAUUGCUCACAGUUAUUGGGAUAUUAGUUAUAAAUUUCCUUAAUUAAAUGUAAAUAGAGCUUCUUCAAAUUAAAAAUAAUCACCAACAGUUAUAAACUAAAAAAAUAAUACUCCUAAAAAUUUAAAAGAAUAAACUUAAAACUUUGGUUUAUCACCUAAGAAUUAAACCUAAUAAAAUUCCCAAUCUUCAGAAAGGACAAGGGUCAAAUAAUAAUCACCUAAAUUACCUCCAAAAACACCUUUUUAGUAACUCAAUGCAUAAAAUCGUAUUAAUAGUAGACUUACAAAUUAAAUACCUCCUCAAGCUCUUAGAAUAUCAAGUCUGUAGAGAGUAUAAAGAUAAUCUAAAUAAAAAAUCUAAACUCCUGAUGGAACAGUCUCUAGAAGUAAUUCUAAUCAUGCAUUUAAAAAAGAAUAACUUCUAAAAUAAUAAUUAAAUAUAUAAGUUACUUGCAAACUUUUAGAAAAAUCAUGGACAAAAUCAAAUUAAUAUGAUGAUUUAUUAGAACACGAAACUGGCCAUUAUUUAAUUGGAUGUCUAUGUGCUCUAGAAUUUAAAAGAAAAGCAGAAUAGAUGGAUUUUUAUAAUACAGAAAACCAAAAAUAAGACAUUAAAUAAUUAUUCAAUAAUAACUUUAAAACAUUUUUAAAAAUAGAAAAAGAUUAUGAUGAAGAAACUAAUCAUUAUUGCAAUUGGAAAAUGCAAAUGAAAUGGAAUAGAAAAAUUAAAGAAUAACUAUUGUUAUAUGAAAUGUAUUUUAAUAAUUGA